AAAAUUCACCGCUGUUUUGUUGGCGCGCACGCCCUUAAUUAUGCUUGCCGCCACCGUAAAAAAAGACCGCCAAAUUUUUUAGCCCUAGGCAUCUUUUCCCGUAAUGGAGUAUCCAAAUCCAAAAAAGAAACACAGGUAUCACCCAAAAACCCUUUCCCACUUCUCCACAGGCUUUUUCUUCCACAUCGAUCUCCUCUCCAAGUGACGAUUCUUUUCACGCCUUAGCCGCAUCUCGUUCACUGACUUUCACUUCAGCGGCGACCACAACCAGAAAAUUGCUGCUUUGUCGCUCACAGGCUCUCACUUCCACGGGAGACCAAUUGCUUUGUCGUUCCAAUCUGUCACCGGUUUCAGAGGAGCGGAUUCAUCGACAACGAGGGUCGGCUGGGUCUAUCUCCACCUACAGACUUCUUCAUAUCUUCUCUAUCCCCAUAACCAAUCGGCAUUGCUCGAUUUUGUCAACAAAUGGGAAAAAGAAAAGUUUCACCACCUCAGCUGGGUGCAGGUUUAACAGAGUAUGAAAUAAAUAGACUAAAAAAGCUGCAAUUCAAUGCUUCAAGGAUGGAAGCUGCGGGUUUCAAAACUCUGGCCAACAACGUGCUACUGCCACAAUAUAACAUAAAUGAAAGAAGACUUGUAGAUGAUGAUGUAUCAGAAGAAGAAGAAGUUCAAGAAGGGUAUGGAGCUAGUUAUAUUGAUGAGGGUGAAGCACAAAACAAGGCUUUAUGGAGUGAUAAGAAUCAAACACUUAAAGGAGCAAGACAUUCUUUGGCAGAAAAAAUGACCAUGGCUGAGUUUGCAAAGUUAAGAUCUCAAAAAAGACAAAAAUCAAAGAGUAGUGCUACUAAAAGACUGAUCGAUGAAGAUGUAUUACACGGAAAAGAAGAUAGGCAAAAUGAGGUGUUGUCUAUGAUCAAUUUUUCUAAUCCAAGACCUGAAACUCCUUGUGGAUCUUCACAAGUAAAAGAUCAUCAAGCAAUACAUCAACAACAGAAUAUGGAGAUCAGAAGUCUAAGAUCAAACAAAAAAGAAAAUCAAAGACUUGGAAAGCCGCAAGUUCAGCAACGACAAAAGUCAAAAGAAAUGGCAACAUCAGGUGCAUAUUUGAAGAAUUCUCAAUUCUGUCCGCCAGGCUCCCUAGCUAUGUACAUGACAAUGCGCAAAAGACAACACGAACAAAAGAAGCAAGAGGGGAUGCAACAUCAAGAAAAUAUGCACAGUGAGUCUCUUUUUGAGGAACAAUCUGGAAAUGUUUUAACAAAUAGGAAUGAAGACAAUGUUUGUGUGGAACACAUAUCAGAAGAUGAUGAUCAAGUAGUUCACAUCGACAAAAGUGUCGAGGUUAAUGGAAAUGGUGUGGACCAUGAAUAUCAAGAAACAAAUGAAGAUACCAUCAUUCCAGCUAAGGGUCAAAGGAAGAAAAGAGGGCCUACGACUAUGAUAGAUGUGCAUCGACGUAAACCUGAUGAGCGUGAACUAAUUAUUCUGAAUGCAAAUGGGCAACCCAUUGGACCUACCAGAGAGUGUGUUACUAAAUUUAGUCGGUUUCUGGGAACAUUGGCUAAAUCUCCUCAUCUAGCACCUCUGAAUUGUGCUAGUUGGAUAUAUAUGCCCACAAAGGAGAAGAUCUGGAAAUAUGUGAAGGAGAGAUAUAUCAUUGCCGAGGAAGGAAAAAAAUGGGUUUUGGAAACUACGAAUGCUUUGUGGCGUGUUCAUAAGUCAAGGUUUAAAAAGGAACACUACAAUUCAUUUGAAACUGAUGAAGAAAGAUUGGCAUUUCGUCCAAAAAAUAUUCCGGUAAAGCAAUUUGAAGAACUCCUAGAGUACUGGGAUUCUGAUAUGUCUAAGGAAAUAUGUGACAAAAACACAAAGAGUUGUGCAUUACGAAGUGAUGUGCAUACCAUGGGCCCUUCAUCUUAUGCUCUAUUACGCCAUGAACUGCAACAAAACGACCAAAAUAAUCAAGCACCCACUCAAGCAAAAGUCUAUAAAGAGUCUAGAAAACGAGAUCCUAAACGAGUUUAUAAGUCAAACAGCGAGAAGACAUUGCAAAACAUUGAAGCAAUAAAUGUACAAGAAUCUCAACAUGAUAAAGAAGCAGAAAGUAACUCCUUGAAGGAUGCUUAUUGUGAGGUUGUAGAUAAUGGGCAUUUACGUCUUUAUGGAAGAGGUGCAACCAAAUCUAAGCUAAAUAAAAAGAGUAAAGUUGCUGCGCCUAGCUACAUAUGUCCUCCUGAAUUCUUUCAGAGUAUCAAGGAAAACCUCAUCCGUGAGUUAGCUCCAGUAUUAACAUCUGCAGUUGUGUCACAAAUACAAGCAGCCAAUCCUGGGAUUCAACUUAAAGUUCCUGAAAUUUUUGUUGCUUCAGAAGAUACUCCAUGUGCUAGGUCUUGUUUAUUUAAGGAUAAUGAAAACUCAGACUCGGAAUCUAUUGACUAGAAAAGCUUGGCUAUGCGUAGCAGUAGAUCGUGAUGAUGGAACUUUAAGUAUAAAAUUGUUUUUUUUGCUGAGAGCUAAAUUUUUGGAGACAUUAGAAAGUUGUUCGGUCUAGACCAUUUACUAUCUUUUAAUUUAGACUCUCUCUUAACUUUAUGCUUAUGUAGUGAAUGUUGUCAUGAUGGAGUUAUGUUGAAUUUAUAUAUAUAAUUAAUUUGAUGAAUUUUCUUUUGUUGGCAAUAA